GCAAAACCCCUGAGAAAAGAAGUGAAAAUGUUCGUCUAAUAAUGGCUUCUUGCUGAUCAGCUAAAUAAGGCGGUGGGCGGUCGAGAAAAUUGUAUUUUCCGCACGAUAAUAAUCAGUCCCGAACCCGUACAGUCGAAUCUUGUUGUAGUGUACAAAAAUUCGGGUUUAGUGUCGCGCCUUGUGCCGUUAAAGACCCACACACACACAUAAAGAAUGGAACCAGCUUCAAAACAGAACUUUUAUUGAGAAAUUUGUUUAUGGGUUCUAACUGAUCAAUCCGACAACAUGGCACGUAAAGGCGACACGGUCCGCACCAUCAACAUCGCCAUCGUGGGCCUAUCAGGCGUCGAAAAGGACAAAGGCCACGCAGGUAUAGGCAAAUCAUGUCUUUGCAACCGUUUCAUCCGACCUCAUGCCGAAGACUACAACAUCGACCACAUUUCAGUGCUGAGCCAGUCCGAUUUUAGCGGUCGCGUAGUUAACAACGAUCACUUUUUGUAUUGGGGCGAAGCCAUCAAAUCCUUAGACGAUGGUACCGAUUACCAGUUCGGUUUAAUUGAACAAACCGAAUUCAUAGAUGAUGCCUCGUUUCAGCCAUUUAAAGGUGGCAAAAUGGAACCUUACGUGAAACGUUGCACUGCAACAAAAAUUUCAUCUGCGGAAAAGUUGAUGUACAUUUGCAAGAACCAAUUGGGAAUCGAAAAAGAGUACGAACAAAAAGUGUUACCGGAUGGAAGGUUAAGCAUAGAUGGAUUUAUAUGCGUUUUUGAUGUCAGUGUAGUGCCGAGCAGAAGCAUCGAAAAGCAAAUUGAAUUUUGCGCUGCCAUUUUAAACAACAUUGUGAAAACUAAAAAACCUGUAGUGAUGAUUACUACAAAACACGACGAAGCCAAUGAUAUUUACGUCCGUGAAGCUCACAGGUUAGUUCAAAGGAGCGAGUACAAAGGCAACAUUCCCUUAGUAGAAACUUCAGCCCACGAAAACGUCAAUAUUGACUUGGGUUUUUUACUUUUGGCCCAAAUCAUUGACAAAACAAAACUAAGAAUUAAAAUACCUUCAUACAAUGAAGCCGCUUUAGCUAGAAAGGAAAUAAUGGAUGUUGCCAGUGAAGCUUUUAUGCGUCUAAUUAGAGUGCACGUGACAGAUUGUCACUCUUUGUGGUCGCAAACCCAAAAGAAACUCAACAAUCACAAAGAGUGGAUACAUUUUGUGCAACUAUUUGGCUUAGAUGGCACUCAGCGUCUAUUUAAACGUCACAUAAAGAAGCUCAAAGAUGAAAACAUGGCCAAACAAGUUGCUCGAUACAUGGAAAUGCUUCCGGAUGUCUUACAUGACCUGAUUCCAGGCUUUAACACUUUACAAGACACCGACUGGCAAAGCAUCCAACAAUACAUCAAAAAUCAUCCAAAUUUUUCGCAGUAUUUUUUCGAACGCCCCGAAGAUAUGCCUUGGUCCGAAUGCGUAGGCUCUGACACCGAUGAAGCCCGAAUUCCAUUUGACGUUUUAGAUACAAGUGAAGCUGAAACCGUUUUCAAAAACCACAUAAACGUGUUGCAACAAGAACAAAAACGCUUGGAGUAUAAAAAGCAAUUCAAACAACUCCUCGAAGAUACUGGUUAUGUGACACCUGGAAAACAUUUAAGUGAAGUAAGAGUCCUUUUCAUGGGACGUGAGUGUUUUGAAGCAUUAUCCGAACACGAUUGCCAACAAAUUUACGAUUCCCAUCAACGUGAGCUUAUUGAAAAUGCUAAGCACAACUUCCAAGAACUAUUAUUAGAACAUGCUGACUUGUUUUACCAUUUCAAAAGUAUUGCCCCUACUGGUACAAUCACUCAGGACGAUAUCAAAGAAAUCACUGACACUUUACAAGAGGAUUUCAGAUACAAAAUCCUAGACAGAUUAGAUCAGGACAGGAAAUUGACUCUAUUUCAACAUUUAGGGUUUAUACAUUAUCCAAUUAGAGAACAUUGUCCUGCCUUUCCUAAUUGUAUGGAUUCGUUGAUUGAAAGAAUUUUGGCCACCAAAGCUCACAGGCCUUCGUCCUGGAACCACAGCAAUCAAUGGCUAAUGAGCUCAGAAAACAACCAAUUGAAUUUGCUUAUUUUAGGCCUCAACACUUUGGCUGACAAUUUGGCAUCUAAAAUACGUGCCCAGUGUGAUGAUGAUGAAUACGAAAUCGAUUGUCAAUUCUACAGUUUAGAUUACAGGAUUAUUAGUGGAGAUGUUAGUUUGCCUCAUAAUUCGUUUAAAACUACUGAAUUUGUGCCGCAUGGAAGUUUUUGCGUUUAUUCAAAUCCCGAGUCUUUUGAGUAUAUCAGAGAGAGUUUGGAAAAGAAGCUGUUGUCUAAUUUGGAGCAGGAUGAUAAGUUGCCGUUUCAAGGCUUGCCGAUUGUUUUGAUGUACUUGCAAGAUCCUGCUACAGAUGAAAAGGACGUUUUGAGGCUUAAAGAGGAUGGGCAAAAUUUAGCUGACUCACUCCAAUGUCCUUUUAUGGAUAUUUGCCUGGAUCAAAUUAGUGAGGAGCAAUUAGUUUCAGAUGCUUUGCAUCAAUUAGUCCAAAGUAUCCAUCAUAGGGCUGGUUUUUUGAACAUCAACCAAUCAGUUAUUGAAUGUGUAGAGCCUGAUAUACGAGUAAUUAUGUGCAUGUUUUGCGGGGAUCCUUACUCGGUUGAAAAUGUUUUAUCCCCACUAUUGAAUCAUCAGUUUUGCUUCUUGUCAUCGCCCCACAGUGUCAUUUUGGAAACUUUCCUUGGAGAUUCCAAGAGGAAAGUUGAAGUGAUAGUUUCCUCUUUUCAUGGUGCCAAUGCAUUCCGCGAUGAGCUCGUCCACGGGUUUAUACUUGUUUAUUCCACUAAAAGAAAAGCCUCUUUGGCUACUUUAAACGCUUUUUCAAUGAACAUUCCCAAUUUACCGAUUCAAAUACUGGCUGUGACUGAUUCAGGUAGCGCUACUGCAUUCUUCAAUGACGACUUAAGUCAAAUGCUUAUAACUGAAGGCAAUUCAACAGCAGAUAGACUAGGAGCACAUUUUAUGACAUCUUCAGCUACGCUUCAACCGAAAACUGCAUUCUUUACACCUUUUUUCAAAGAAGUAUGGGAAAAGAAACCUGAGAUUGAACAAGCUUUUCACAUGGAAGAACCUUCUGGGUUGGAUAGUGGCGAGGGUACAUUGGAGAGGUCUAGAUCUGGCAGGCAUGGUCCAAUGCCGCCUCCCAGGAAUGAAAGCUAUUACUUAAAACUUGGUAAUGAAGGCAGCGAAAGUGAAAACUUCGACUUAAGCGGGCCCGAUGAUAAAUUGAGCUCCAGCGAUCACAGUGAUCGGUUCUCAAGCAUUUACAUGUACGGCAGUGAAGGUUCUAUGGGCAAAAAGCGUCACAACCAUUCGGGAUUGCAAGUGUAUCCGCCUCCCGCUACUCCACCAGAGCCUGCUCCUCCUGACAACAUUGGCUCUAGAUACUCCAAAAAAUCUCUAAUGUCGUCACAAACAAGCUUAGACGACAAUUAUGGAGAUCCUCCAAUGUCAAUACCAGGUAGUGCUUGGAACAACUAUCAACAGCACGCCUUUACCACUGGAAGAAGGCACGUUCCAAUGUCAAAAUCACGCGCUAAAUGUCUUUCGCAAACCUUAAAACAACCCGGAAAAUUAAACAUGAAAGAUUACUCGGCUGUUACUGAAGCAAUUGCUCGAAUGAAUAUGAACGAUGUUAAUUUCAGAAAUGCUCCUCUAGCCACUCCAGAGCCUGUUGAUUUAGGUUGCGAAUAUGCCCAGGUUAAAGACAUGGUUUAUCCUCCUGACUCCGAGUAUAUGUACACUAUAGUGCAAGACGCUCUUAGUGGUAAAACCAAGAUAAGACAACGCCGAGAAAAGGGGCAACCUAGCUACUCCGACUCCGAUAGCGAGUGGUCAAGCUUGGAACGACGCCAAAGGGCCAGUGAGGUUUACUCGAAAGUUAACCGUAAAGGUGGCACCCAUAAGCGCCAACGCAAGAAACGCACUGCUAUACCAGUUCAACCUCCGAGGGUACCACAAUUAGGUGCAUUUACCAUGCCCUCAAUGCAUUCGCCUUCAGUAGAAGGCGAAGAUAAAGCCACCGAGUCAAACUCUGACUCUUCUGAAGCGAGUGAAACAGAACAAUUUCCUCCUGCUGCCAACAUUCAAGAUAUCCGAAUGAAAUUUGCUCAGAAACGUAGCCAGAGUUUAAAGAAACGCAUUCCAGAUUUGCCAAACACCCACCAUAAUUUUAAUAUGUUGAAUUCUUUGGACUUAUAUACGGGUCAAGCGAAUUCUUAUUUGAUGCACGACGAAGAAUCUAGUUUGGAUGUUUCGUCACCUAGGGAUAAUAAUUCGCCAAUGUUUGGGGUGUUUCCUAGAAUGAAGGAUUCGAGUGAUAUUGAGAAGCUAUUGAGGAAACGUGAAAAGCAAAAGGCCAAGGACGAUUCUAAGUUGGAAAAAAGGAGAUUAAAAGAAGAAAAGUUGCGUAAAGUUGCCGAAGAAAAGGACCGUAAGAGGCAGCAAAAGACUAAUAAAAAAGCCGGAGGUGUUUUGCCUAGUGGAGCUACUUCAAAACUCACCGACUAUAUUCAGUCUGAUAAAAAUUACAUUCCUAUAUUUAUGGAGAAGUGUGUCAAGUUUAUUGAAGCUGAAGGUUUGGAUUCUGAAGGCAUUUACAGAGUUCCAGGUAAUAGAGCUCACGUUGACUUGCUGUUUUUGAAGUUUGAAGAAGAGCCUAAUGUUGAUAUACACGAGCUAGACAUUCCAGUUAAUGCUGUUGCAACAGCUUUGAAAGAUUUUGUUUCCAAACGUUUGCCGCCGUUAUUUGAUGAAAAUGUGCUUGGGGAAAUGGAAGAAAUUGCUGGAACUCGUAUGAAGCCCAUGGUGACAACUACGGGUAAUAUGGAAGUGAAAGCUGACAGAAGUUGUCGGUUGUUAGCUUUAAGACAAAUGCUUGACAAAUUACCGCCGAUUAAUUUCGCUAUUCUAAAGUUCAUGUUUCAACAUUUCGUUAAAAUCACUGAAAAUUCUAAAUUGAACAACAUGGAUUCGAAAAAUAUGGCAAUUUGUUGGUGGCCUACUCUAUUACCCAUAGAGUUUAGCGAUAUGGGACGUUUUGAACAAAUGCGUCCCUAUUUGGAAGAUAUCGUUCAAACUAUGAUCGAUCAGUAUCCGUUCUUGUUUUGCGGCAAAGAAGCUUUUGUAAUGGUCUAAAGUUGUAAUAAUUAUUAGGACUGAAACAAAUUUUGACAACGCACAACUUGUCUAUAUAUACGGUGUUUUUAAAGGAACAAAGUCCUUUUGUCUUUGUAUUUUUGCAUCUACGAUAAUUGUAAAUUGUUAGAAUGAUGAUGGCAAUGGUGGUUUCACUGUUAAUUGAACGGCGAUAGAUAUUAUUAGGUCAUAUAGGUGGAUGUUGUGUAUGAUUUUAUUUUGGAAAUAUCAACGAGCAAAAAGUGGGUUUAGAUAUAAUAGAAAAACCUACCUGUCCAUUUUCGCAUAUUAUUAUCAAUGUCCUAAUUAUUAUGUGUGUGAAAAAGUACCCAAAAAAAGCUUUAACGUUUUUUAACAAAAAUACUUAGGUGUUAACUUGUACAUUGAAUGUAAUGUUUUUUUAAAAUUAAUACGUAAAUUGUAGUGGGGUCGGUGUUAUUUGAAGCUUUUUUAAUAAUAAUAAUAAUUGGGUUUUGGUGCCAAUUGUCAAUUUGUGCCAUAAUAUUUUUUGAAACAAAUACGCACCGAAAUUCAACAAAUUCAUUUUUUUGGUUUUUCGAAAACAAUAUGAGACAAUAAAUGUGAUAUAACCCCCGUUUUGUUUUCAUGGUAAUACUCUGUUGCUAAUUUGGAAUAUUUAUCGAGUAUUGCUUUUAGUGGAUAAUAAUUAUAGGUGCACUUCUUACUGGUUUUGUAUUGUAUUGUUGCUACAAUUUAGUUAGUGAUAUAUUCUUACCUCGAGCAGAUCACCUUUUCUGCCCCAAUGAGGGGGAUUUUGUCAUCACAACAAACAUCAGUUUAUAAAUGAGAUGCUGAGUCUCAAACCCCAAAUUUAAGUCAAUUAAAUUGACACUUUUUUAUGAAUCUCACCUAAAAUCUCGAAUAUAGUGAAAUUUGUAGCAACACUAUGAUGCAAAAUCUUAAAAAUAUAACUUGGGCGUGCCAAGUAGGUAAAUUAUUUCUAGUCUGCAAUCAACAAGAGAUCCAUAAUAUGCGUUUUGAUUUUUUAGGAAAUUAUUUCUCGAUAAAGUGAAAUUACAUUGGUUCAAAUGAACUGAAAACAUUGUAAUUUCAUUGAAUCUUUUUAAGUAAAUAAAAAAAAAAAAAUGAAAUAUAUUUUGUGAUAUUUUAGAAAUAUUAGGUUUAAGUUUUAGAUUUUUUUUACUAUAAAAUUGCCGUGAAUACUCACAGACAAGCAGUUAAAUAAAUACUCAAACAAUAUUGAAUAAAGUGUCUAUAGGGUUUUGACAUGUUUGCAUUUUGACUUAUCAAACCCCCAUACACAAAUGAUCAUCUAAAAUCCUAGGAAUUGAUCUGGAUUAAGAAAAAUUAAAAUUUUUAGCAAUUAAGAUUAUAAUUAUUAAGGCUAUAUUUGUAUUAAUUUUCCAUUAAUAGUAUUAUUUAUUGUCGCUUUGAAGCUUUUUGCUAACUCGGUGUAAUUUAACCUUUAAUUUUUUUCGAACAAAUUUUGUAAUUUAUGUGCAAUUCAAUUCUAUGUCAUAAUAAUUAAGAGUGAAAAACAAUAAAUAAGUAUUUUUUUUAAAUACACUACAGCUUUAGGAAUUAAUUAUAAUGUAUAAGGGCCUCAAAAUAAUGAAGGGUCUCUGUGUUUCUUUUUUAUAUAACAAUGGUGUACCAUAUUGUGGAUAAACUAAACCCUUAGAUCUCCAUUAAGUUAAGGGUUCGCGCGCAACGUCUUUUUAGUAGAUGGAUUUUUUUGUAUAUAUGUAUGUAAACAAAAUGUUUCGAAAUAAUUUAUAUAAUGAUGGCUUUGUAUUUAUUCAAGUACCCUUCCCUCAAGCUUAAAUGUAAUUUUCAAUGUUGUUGGAUUUAUUUUGUAAAAUUUUUUCAUUUAUAAAAUUUGUAUUUUUGUUUUAAUAAAUAAAUAUUUGAAAAAUGA